AUGUCUAAGGAUGAGCAUUGCUACAUGUUUCUUCAUCCAAUCUCCCGUCCAAUAUUCACUGAUUCAAAGAAAGAAUAUGAGCUAUCAUUGAAUCGUGCUAACACAAAUUCAAAAAAGAGGCCAGACCUGAGUUGUGUAGUAGAAGGUGUACCAAUACUUAACUCAGAAUACAAACCUCUUGGUAGCACACCGUUACAACUCAACAAUAACGAAUUUUGUUUACAACUUUCAUUUGUUCUUUACGAUUGUAGGAACUUGUUGGAAGAAUCGCGAAGAACUUCAAAUACAGAAAGUGUGGGACUGGCAGUACUACACCACUUGAACAAAUAUCAUAUAUAUGCGCGAUGA